CGCCGCUUCCAGGCUUCCCAAGGUGUCACUUCCGGGGCACGGUUUGUGAGAAGCCAGUCAUCUCUGAGGAAGCCUGAGAUCCCUGGGGAUCCUUCCACACUGCCAGCCGCCAUCCAGGCCCCUGCUAGGGGGUCCCAGCGUCCCUUCCCUGAGGAUGAGUAACGCCAAGCGGAAAGAGGAGCAGCCCGUGUCCAACGGAGGGGUGAAGGGGAAAGUGUCUCCCUGGAGCAAAGCGUGGAGGGCGGAUGCAGCAUGGGAAGACAAGGAUGAAUUUUUGGAUGUGAUCUACUGGAUCCGUCAGAUCUUGGCUAUUAUAUUGGGAGUGAUCUGGGGAAUUGUACCGCUGAAGGGUUUUGUGGGAAUAGCAAUAUUUUGUGUGCUAAAUGCCGGCAUACUGUACCUGUAUUUUAACAGCUUCCAACAAGUAGAUGAGGAAGAAUAUGGGGGAACUUGGGAACUUACGAAAGAAGGAUUUAUGACAUCAUUUGCCCUUUUCUUGGUAGUGUGGGUCAUUUUCUAUACCGCAAUACACUUUGAUUGACAUGGAUUUUUAGCUCCCUUUUUUGCCAAACUUAUUUUUUUUUUUUUUUCCUUUUUGAGGAACCAUGAUUCCCCCCCCCUCCCGUAACCCCCAAAUUAAGGCCUGCUAUGUAGACACUGUGGAGUGUACUAAAGAUGAAAUUUUUUUUUUAAACACUCAUUGACUGAUUUAUUGUUUGAAGCUCUGCCAGUGAUAGUCGAGAGUCCUCGUGAAAUGGAUCAGUUAACCUUGGAGGUGCCAGCCUAUUAACUGCCAUUGAUACCCACAGCAGAGAAACUUAAGUGGUCAGCUUCCUUUGCCACUUAAAAGAUCACAUGGUCCAAUUUCAGUGUCUUCCUUGCGUUUCGCCGGUGUCCCAGAACUAGUUUCCAGAAUCUGACACUGCUUCUCCUUAUUGAUGCUAUUCCAGACAUUCUGGAUAUUUUUACAAUGGAACAUUGAGGGCUACUGCUGACAAUUUUUUUAACCAGAAAAUGUAAUGGAGAGUACAGCUGUAAAAUAAAUUCUUGACAUUUCUUCUACCUGGACAAACCGCAAUGUUUAAUUCUUUCUCCAACCCUUUGUUGGCCAAGAGGUUUAAAAUAUUUUCUAGGCUCCUCAUUAGGGGUUGAGAAAGCCUUGAUCCUUUCUACAUGACAGUAUUGAACAAAAUGGUAUUUAAGCUGGUGAGAAUGUGUUUUUCAAUUAAAGUUGAUUGAUUGAUUACUUUCUUAUAUUA